AUAUAUACGUCAUUAUUGAGUCUUUGGCGAGAUGUCGGGAAAGAAGCGCGGACCGGGGCGAGCGAGAAACAUGACAGCAAGCGGGAGCACAAAAGACAUAAGUCGAGCAGAGAGGACGACGAGAAGAUCAAGAGUCAGAUGAAGAAACUCAACCAGCAAGUGCAGAACCUCAAACAUGUGGAGACUUUCUAUGAAAAACCUCCACCUGGGUACAUUAAGGAACACGAGGAGAAGCCAGAGGACUGUAUACCCGCGGAACCCGGAAAUGAAGAGGCCCGCAGCUUCCUGGCGAACGCGCCCACCAGGGGCCUGUGGAUGCCCCUGGGGAAGGAGGUGAAGGUGAUGCAAUGCUGGCGGUGCAAGCGUUAUGGCCAUCGCACCGGAGACAGAGAGUGUCCAUUUUUCAUCAAAGGCAACCAGAAGCUGGAGCAGUUCCGUGUGGCUCACGAAGACCCGAUGUAUGACCUCAUCCGUGAAAAUGAACGCAACGAAAAAGAGACCAGGAUCCAGCAGCUGCAGCGACUUCUCCAGGACACCACCUCCUCCUCGUCAUCAUCCUCCGACAGCUCCUCGUCCUCGGAGCGCCACCGCAGCAGGAAGAAGAAGAAGAGAAAGGAGAAGAAGAAGAAGAAGGAGAAGAAGAGAAGUAAAAGCAAGAAGAAGCACAAGUCCUCCAAACCUAGCGACUCCUCUGACUCCGACUGAGCGUGUGACCGGCUCAUCCCAGCCAGUCGGAGGCGCUGUGGCGCUCGACUGUUGCAGGUUUGACGCCGCCGGACCCAAAAAGGGAUGCUUAACACAAUUAUACCCCCCCGCUCUCCUUUUUGUCUCCCCGCCAUCUUCCAUUUCUGUGGAAACACUCACGACUGUAAAACCGCCACCGAAUCCACUGCAGAGUCUGCGCCGCAUACUUGGGAUGCUUUGAGGUUUGGGUCGCUCUGCUCUGGAAAAGGCGGGUAAAGAAUGUACGCGGACGGUUCUAGUCUUCUCAAGAAUAAAGACCUUUUUCCUCCCCCA